GGGCGGUCAGCGCCGCGGGGCGCCCGUGGCUGCGGCUGCGGCGCGCCCAUGUGAGCCCCGGCCGCGGGGUGCCCGCUCGCGGCGCGGAAGGCUGCGGACCCUCCGGCCGUGCGCCCCGGCAGCGGCGGCGGCGGGAGCAGGAGGAGGCCGUCGGGGCAGUGCUGUAGUGAGCAUGGUGUCCUGGCGGCGGAGGCCGGGGCCCGGCCUGGCGCGGCUGUGGGGCUUGUGCUGCCUGGUGCUGGGCUGCUGGCCGGGUGCGCUGGGCUGCCCCGCGUCCUGCGGGUGCAGCUCCUGGCGGAUCUGGUGCACGGGAUCGUCGCCGGGCAUCGCCUCCUUCCCCGUGCCGCAGAGGAGCUCCGAGGGCGACAAUGUUACAGAGAUUUACAUCGCAAACCAGCCAAACUUGGAAAGUAUAAAUGACAAUGAGGUUGGAUUUUAUGUUGGACUUAAAAAUCUGACUGUGGUGGAUUCAGGACUAAGAUUCGUGUCCCGUCAUGCAUUUGUGAAAAAUGUGAACCUACAAUACAUCAAUUUAUCCAGAAACAAGCUCUCAAGUUUGUCCAAGAAGCCUUUUCGCCAUCUGGGUUUGACUGAUCUGAUAUUGGUGGACAAUCCAUUCAAGUGUUCCUGUGAAAUAAUGUGGAUCAAGAAAUUUCAAGCGACCAAGUUUUACACAGAAACUCAGGACUUAUAUUGCAUAGAUGACAACAAUAAGAGGACAGCCUUGCUGGAUAUGAAGGUCCCAAACUGCGACUUGCCCUCAGCAAACUUGAGCAAUUACAACAUCACCGUGGUGGAAGGAAAAAGCAUCACUUUGUACUGUGAUACUACUGGCGGGCCACCCCCAAAUGUGUCCUGGGUGGUAACUAAUCUUGUUUCAAACCACGAGAGUGACACAAAUAAGAACCCUGCCUCUCUCACCAUCAAGAAUGUUUCAUCAAUGGACAGUGGACUGGAGAUUUCCUGUGUAGCAGAGAAUAUUGUGGGAGAGGACCAAGUCUCUGCUGAGCUUACAGUAUUCUUUGCACCAAAUAUCACAUUUAUUGAGUCUCCGACCCCCGACCACCACUGGUGUAUUCCAUUCACUGUGAAAGGGAAUCCUAAGCCCACAUUGCAGUGGUUCUAUGAAGGAGCUGUACUGAAUGAGUCUGAAUACAUCUGUACUAAAAUACACGUUAUCAAUCAAAGUGAAUACCAUGGCUGCCUUCAGCUGGACAAUCCUACACACCUGAAUAAUGGUGCUUAUACCUUACUGGCAAAGAAUGAUUAUGGAGAGGAUGAAAAACGAGUUGAUGCUCAUUUCAUGGCAGAGCCUGGAGAUGGUAAUGGCCCAAUUUUGGAUCCAGACGUUUAUGAGUAUGAAACCACACCUAAUGAUCUUGGAGAUGCCACAAAUAACAGUAAUCAAAUCACUUCGACGGAUGUUUCCAACAAAGAGAAUGAAGAUAGCAUCACUGUGUAUGUUGUGGUGGGAAUUGCAGCACUGGUGUGCACUGGCUUAGUAAUAACCCUCAUUAUUCUGAAGUUUGGAAGACACUCUAAGUUUGGGAUGAAAGGUCCUUCUUCAGUCAUCAGCAAUGACGACGAUUCAGCCAGUCCCCUCCACCACAUCUCAAAUGGCAGUAACACUCCAUCUUCUUCUGAGGGGGGUCCUGAUGCAGUCAUCAUUGGGAUGACAAAGAUUCCUGUUAUUGAAAAUCCGCAGUAUUUUGGAAUUACCAACAGUCAGCUCAAGCCAGAUACCUUUGUGCAUCACAUCAAGCGCCACAAUAUCGUUCUUAAAAGAGAACUGGGAGAAGGAGCCUUUGGGAAAGUCUUUCUGGCAGAAUGCUAUAACCUGUGUCCUGAGCAGGGCAAGAUCUUGGUGGCAGUGAAGACACUGAAGGAUGCCAGUGAUAAUGCCCGUAAGGACUUCCACCGUGAGGCAGAACUGCUAACUAACCUGCAACAUGAGCACAUUGUCAAAUUCUAUGGUGUCUGUGUUGAGGGUGAUCCACUCAUCAUGGUCUUUGAGUAUAUGAAGCAUGGAGAUCUUAACAAAUUCCUCAGGGCACAUGGACCAGAUGCAGGGCUGAUGGCAGAAGGCAACCGUCCUGCUGAGCUGACCCAAUCCCAGAUGCUUCACAUUGCACAGCAGAUUGCUUCUGGUAUGGUUUACCUGGCAUCACAGCACUUUGUGCAUCGGGAUCUUGCUACCCGCAAUUGUCUGGUUGGUGAAAACCUACUGGUGAAGAUUGGGGAUUUUGGGAUGUCUAGAGAUGUAUACAGCACAGACUACUACCGGGUUGGAGGUCACACCAUGCUGCCCAUUCGUUGGAUGCCUCCAGAGAGUAUAAUGUACAGGAAGUUCACCACAGAAAGCGAUGUCUGGAGCCUGGGGGUUGUAUUAUGGGAAAUCUUUACUUAUGGCAAACAGCCAUGGUAUCAGCUCUCAAACAAUGAGGUGAUUGAGUGCAUCACUCAGGGCCGAGUCCUGCAGCGACCUCGCACAUGCCCAAAGGAAGUGUAUGACUUGAUGCUGGGCUGUUGGCAACGGGAGCCUCACAUGAGGCUCAACAUCAAAGAAAUCCACUCCCUCCUUCAGAACUUGGCCAAGGCAUCUCCAGUCUACUUGGAUAUUUUAGGCUAAAGUCUCCUAGCAUUUCUUCUGGGCUGCAGGAAUGAAUGUCUUCAACUGCCGCUGAACUACAUUAAAAUGUAUUCUUAACUUUUGACAGUAUUAAUGACAAAGUUGCGGAGAAGCUUUCAAAGGGCAAGCAAUGUGCGCUUCUCCAUCUGUAGACACAGUAUUGACUUUUUAGACAUUAUCAAGACGUAUCUUCUCUCUUUCUCUCAGUUUCUAUCUUUUUUUUUCCUUCUCUCCUGUCUUUCUAAUCAAUUUGGCUUCUGCAUUAUUGUAACUCUGCAUAGACAAAGGCCUUAAAAACCCAAUCUGUUAUAUCAGCAGACUCUUCAGUUUGCCCACCACAACUGACAAUGCCUUGUUGUAUUCAUGCCUUUGAUGUGGAUGAAAAAAA